CGACCACAUUGGCAGGUGCACAACUGACCGGGGGAGUGAGUGUUGAUUUUACGUGCUUUUGCUGUGAUUGUUCAUAGUUGCAUUGCCUAAAAUGAAUCACUCCGGGCCUGAGAAGCGCGAGCAGAAGUUCGUGCUCGACUGCAUCGCCGUCAGUUCGGUUGCGCUCGGGUACGAACACAUGCGCCCCCGGCUCUGGUCGGUGCUCCCCCAGUACGACGCACGCAACGACCCCCACGCUGCGCGCUACACGACCAUCCCGUCCGUGCAGAGGGUCCUGCAGAAGACCAUCCCGUCGGUGCAGAGGGUCCCGCAGAAGACCGAGAACAAGGAACCGAAGAGCGCCGCUGCCCAAAAGUCCCUAGACCUGAGGAACACUUCCGGAGCAGGUCAUUCCCGAGAGCAGGUGAGCAACCACAGUGGUCUCAUGUUGGACAUCAAGCCGCUGAUAGGCUACAACGGGCGGUUUGGGUUUCGGCGCAACACGCCCAACCUCCGGCGGAACCCGUCCAGCUUCGGAGAGGUGACCACGUUCCAACUCUAUUGAGUCCAACGGCCGAAAAGGCAUCAUCAUCAUGUGAAGUUCCAAUGAGCAAAAAUAAAUGCGUCCACAGAAUGCCA